CAGUAACCGCAGAAAUAUUCACUAUCGUGAGUCGCGCCGCAAACUAACGCGAGCUUUUGUGGCUUAACCCUUAUGCUAUAUCACAGACAAAACUGCCGGCAAAGUGGCAGCUCGCCAUUGGUUGUUUUUGCUAAUAAAAAACACCUCUGACAAAGUUUUAAUACCAUUUUAAUGCUUUUUAAACUGCUCCGAUCGUAGCGAACCUGUUGUAUACGCGAACGUGUGUGUGCGUGGACGCUUUUGUAAAUAGUUCUGCUAUCCACGCGUCACCGUGUGCACGUCAAAGUUUUGUAAUCGACCGGGAUUUCGGAGUUUUUUCUGAUGAACAGCUGAUCUCGCACAACUUUUGUACAUUACUCUAAAAUCUGUGAUCUCUUUUGUUUGCGCGACGUUCGUUUGAUUAUCCACACAAUCAUGCGUUGCCUUUUGCUUUUAUCGUUAAUUUUACUUGUAAGUUUUCCACCUCACAAAUGUCAAACGAAUAACAAAAACAAAGAAGAGGCCAAAAAUGCUGUACUGCCACCCUGUGCAUCAUGCAAAGUAUUAGUUCAAAGUUUCAAAAAAGGAAUGGACAAGACAAGUAGAGGUAAAUUUGAAGGUGGUGACAGCGCUUGGGAAGAAGAUAAACUUGGUUCUUACAAAACUAGUGAAGUUAGGCUAAUUGAAAUUCAAGAAAAUGUUUGUAAGGAUCUCGAUCAUGGCGAAACCCAAUGUCACUCGUUGGCUGAAGAAUUAGAGAGUGAAAUAGAAGAAUGGUGGUUCAAAAAACAAGAGACUGAUCCUGAUUUAUUUGAGUAUUUAUGUAUUACCAAAGCUGAAAGAUGUUGUCCCAAAGAUACAUAUGGUCCACAAUGUACAGAAUGUCCAGGCUUUCCAGACAGUGUUUGCAACAAUAAUGGCAAAUGCAAGGGAGCUGGCACUAGAAAAGGAAAUGGUAAAUGCACUUGUGACAGAGGUUAUACGGGUGACUCGUGCUUUGAAUGUGCUAGCGGUUUCUAUCAAUCUUACAAAGAUAAAAGGAAACUGUUAUGUACUGCCUGUCAUUCAGCAUGUAAAGGAGAUUGUACAGGUGGUAGUCCACAAGAUUGUACUGAAGAUUGUCAUUCAGGUUGGAGAAAAAUUGAAGAAAAAGGUUGCGUAGACAUAGAUGAAUGUGUAGAAAAUGAAGAGAGCUGCCCGAAAAAUCAUUUCUGCAUCAAUAAUGAAGGCAACUUCACUUGCAUAGCCUGUGACAGAGCUUGCGACGGAUGCUAUGGUGACGGCCCAGAUAUGUGUGAGAAGUGUGCAGAACGAUUUAUUAAAAAAGACAACAUAUGCGUCGAUACCGACAUUCUUGGCCGUAAAUCUCAAGAAAAUUGGGCUAGAUACGUGACGUAUUUGGGUCUGGCAGUAGCUACUGGAAUAAUUUUUCCACUAAAUAUAUACAUCGCGAGUGUAAUCGGUAUUCUGGUCGCUUCUUACAUAGGCGCCUCGGAAUACAUGAUUUCACAGGGUAAAAUUCAAGAUGCAGUGCCGAAUUUAGAUUUACUAAAUAAUCUAUAAUUAAUUUUAUAAGAUAAAAUUGAAGUUUCGAUUUGUACAGACACAUUCCUAGUCAGUAUUGCUUUGUCAACUUACGUAAUUUAUUAGCAAAAUGAUCAAAAGGUAAUUUAAUUAUCUUUGUGAUGAAUGAAAAAUACAUCCUUUUGAUUUAGGAUAUAUUUUUAAGUAA